AUGUCCCAGGGAAAUCUGUCCGUCGAAGACUCGCCUCUCUCGGAGACCGUCAAGCUCAUCAGCUCCGACAAGUUUGAGUUUGUCAUCGACCGGAAAUGCGCAAUGGCAUCUGGAACCAUCAAGAACAUGCUGUCUUCGCCUGGUCAAUUCACCGAGUCCGUCCAGAACGAGAUCAACUUUCGUGACAUCAAGGCCGUGGUUCUUGAGCGGGUCUGCGCGUAUCUCUACUACAAGGUCCGAUACGCAAACACAGCCAGCGAAAUUCCCGAUUUUUUCAUUGAGCCGUCGCUAGCGUUGGAGCUGCUGCUGGCAGCCGACUUUUUGGAUUGCUAA